AAAUUAGGGAUGCACGUUUCAUCCCGUUCGAAUAAAGAAAGAUAAGAAACGAUUCGAACGAUUCGAUAUCCUAAUUUCGUAAGCUUUAUCCUUAUCCCUUUAUUAUAUUUGUGAUACGCGUUUUCAGCAAGAAUCUUCGUCGCGCAUGCUCUCGCUUUCGUUUCUCAUCGCUGCGCUUUCAGUGUAAAGUGAUAAGAAAUCGAAAGAUUUUAUUCCAAUUUGUAAUCCUGUUAACGCGUUCUCUAAUAAGAAUUCUAGUCAACACUGUACAGUACUUUUUUUUUUUUUUUUUUUUUUUUUAAGUGAUCGUUAACACGUUUCUUUCCCUUUAAUCGUAUAUUCGCUUAUGUCGAUUUUAUAAUCGAUAAUAUUCCGCAUUGAGAUCUGUGUUACGCGCACCGGUUAUUACUAUUAUGCGCGAAAAAUGCUUCGAUAACUAUCGCGUUCAAGGGGGGAAAAGAAAUUACGAGAUCGAUCGAUAAUAAUCGACGCGACUGAGCGAUGGUUAUCGAUGGAGCGCAUACGAAUCUCUUUUGUAGUUUUUUUUUUUUUUGAAUAAUGCACAACGGGUAAUAGAAUUGACGAUAUAUUAUUAAAAAAAAAAAAAAAAAAAAAUAUCCAUAUCGCACGAGAAUACUAGAAGAAUUAUGAGGACGAUUUCACGAUGCGAGUAACACGACGACGAUAAAAUGAGAAAAUGUAAGACGCGCAAGAGAUGGCGUUCUUCCCAUCUUCGAGAUACUCGUCGCUAAAUUGUUCGGAACAACAACUUUCGUAUAGUAUUACACUGACUCUGUUUACACGUCUCGUUGUUCGCGUGCUCGAUGAUUUUUCUUUGCGAUAAAGAUGAACUUAGCUACUUGAAAGGAGCGCAUAGACAGUGCCUUACACACAAUUUAUCUAGUUUUACAUUUUACAUACAUACAUACAUACAUACGUAUUAUAACUUUCCAGAUGUUUACCACAGUUGAACGCGUAUAAGAGAAUAUAAGAGAACUGAAAGAGUUUUAUUCUUUUCACCUGUGACUUCGUGUAAACAUUGUCUCUGUAUAAAGAAACGAGAAAUCUUCUUCGUUCGUACUUUAUAUAUAACCUUAUAUACAUAUACAUACGACGAGAAUGUAAUUUUCGAUCGAUCGAUACGGUCCGGAAAUUAAUUGUAUCUUUUAACCUGUUCUUUUUUUAUCCUUAUUCGUUACUUUACUUUUUUCUUUUUUAUUUCGCGAUUUCACGAGUCUCGAAUGUGUCGCGUUACCGUUCAAAAAUUCGAACCUUUGCCAAUUUUUUUUUUACGUUUCGCGUGUCGCUUUAUCCCAAAAUGAUCUUGAAUGAAAAAAUUCUAUUUACUCCCGAUCGUUAGAUCAUAUCUAUAUCACGAAAUUCUUAGGAAUAGUUAAAAAAAAAAAAAAAUAUAAUUACUUCGUAAUAUUUUAGGAAGGAUACGUUCAAAGCUUGAAUAUAGCGAGACGAAAUAUAUUGUGCGUAAUGAUUCGUAAUGCGACACGGUGAAUCUUAAUUAUAGCUAUGAUGAUAAAGAUUAAAAAGAGAGAAGAGAGAAAAAGAAAAAAAAAAAAAAAAAAAUCUCGGUGAUUUCGAUUAACACGUGUCUGAUUAAUUCGCGAGAUUACAGACAUUCCGUACCAAUUAUCGAUACGAAAUUAUACGUAAAGAGACUUCGUUGUUCGAUAAAAGACAUUGUUUAUGCACAAUGAAGCACUUAACCGUAGAAUUACCGUAGUUUUUAAACUUAGAUGUUCGCUGUUGAGGAUCGCACGAAGUUUCAAGAGACGCACACAAGGAUACCGGGAUGGAGUUUACAUACGCCAGGAUCGUUCUGUGAUAAAUGCGGUGUAACAUUUACAACGCAGCACGCCCUUCUACGGCAUAUCACAUCGAGACACGAGGAGUCGCAGAGUUCUACCGCGUUCUGCAAUAUUUGUCAACGAUUUUUCAAAACAAAGUGGAGUUUGGCAACCCAUAACAGAACAAGGAAACCAGGGCAACUAUACAACUCAGAUUCAAUAAGGACUCUAGAAAGUCACUUUCCAGAAUAUGUUCCAUCAACACCAAAGAAGAUGAAUGCUACGAGAAGAUGUAAAGUUUGUGCAUCUAAGGGAAUGCGAAAGGAAUCUCGUUAUUAUUGCGCUUAUUGUAAUGUAGGGCUAUGUGUCACACCAUGUUUUAAAGAAUAUCAUAUUAAAAGUAAUGUCGAAUGAAAACAUGAAUUAAACACAAUUUUCUCUUUAAGAAAUUAUCUCUUGUA